AUGACAAGCAGGCAAAGCCAGCAUAAGGAGCCGCAAAUGAAUGAGGAAGAGAAAAACCCAAACCCGAAAAAUGAGCCCGAGUGCCACCAACGUUGGGACAACAACGAGCUCCCCAAGGGCAGGGUCGAUCUCUCGUCGUCCAGCCCCUUCUUUAGCCCCAGCUUCUUCCUUCUCGCCACCUGGUCCCGAACCCCCGCCCCAGGUUUCAAGAGCCCCCAGCCCCGACUCGGGGUUCUCACCAUCUCCCCGCGCCGCAGCUCUCUCGGCUACGCGGGUUUCCCCCACUCGCUCCUCUCCAACCUCCCCUUCCGGGUUCCCGCCCCGAAGCCCGCUGGGAAUUGGAGUCCGAGCGGCCACGGACUACACCUCCCAGAAGGCAGCGUGACCACCCUUGGAGGCCUCCCGCAGGAGCCUCGUUCCAAGGGGAUUCGCGCCCACCCCACGGCCGGGUGCCAACGUCCUAACCAAUACCAGCUCUUGGCCCCAAACAGGAGGCAGAGGAAGGACCACACCAGCAAACUUCAUGAGUUGGCACUGCUGUUGCCUGUGGCCCUGAAGACAGGCACCAAGAAGCUCACCAAGAAGGAGAUUCUGCUGCAUGUCCUGCAUUACAUUCAGUACCUCCAGAAAAGCAUCAAUGUGGCCAAGGCCUUGCUCAAGUUCCACACCACCAAUGGGGAAGGUGAACUCGGGGGUCUGGGAAGGAACUGGGCCUCGGGCCCCGCACGGCGGAGACACUCCACCCCUUCGAGCUCCCCACACUCUCACAAGUCCCGUCUUCAGGGAGCCUGCCGGAAACCCCAGAAGAAGAAACCCACUGGAUUGUCAGAACGCCAGACCCGGGCCCAGAACCCUCGCCGCUGUCUGGUCCUGGACGAGCCCGGGGAGUGGGUGACCCCAUCCCCAGAGCAGCAAGGAAGACACAUGGGGGGGACCACCACCCCGUCAAGACGUGCCAGCCCCGGCUGUCACCCCAAAGUUGCGUCAUCCCUGCCUCAAGGUGACAGGAAGGGAGGCAGGUCCCGGCUGACGUUGCUGGACAUGGCCGAGAACAGCAUCCACUGUGACUUCUCAGGUUGCUGCUGCUAUGGCCCAGUCAGUGGCCAGGGUGAUGGGCUCUACCAUGCCUUCAAGGCCCAGCAAGGGGCUGAGCGGAUCCACUUUCUCAACAGGACUGAGCCCUGUCCCAGGCAGAAGCUGGUGUUCUACGAUUCCAGCGAGGAGCUGGACAAGGAGUCCCCAGAUGCUGACCCUUGGCUUCCUGCCUGGACCCCAGAGGGCAGCCCCCCUGGGAGCCCGCUGGCCUUGGGGCCUCCCCAGAUUAACAAGUGGAGUGUGACAGGCCACCCGAGCGAGAUCCUAGGGCUCAGCCCCUCCCUCUUCAGCUCCCCAGGAAGGCUGCCACCAGAUCAGAUCCUGGGGGAUGGCACCGAGUUCCUGACCCAAGCCCUCUUCAAAGAAGUGUUCCUAGACCCCGAGUCUUUACCUUCUGAUGACGUGCUUGAGGCGCUCCAGGACAAGGAGAUGCCCUCGGAGACUCCCGAAGACCCCCCCGACUCCCACAGCCUGUGCCAGUCCUCUGUCUCUCUGGACCACUGCUACCUGUCGCUGAGCGAGAACAGCAAGGCACCGUCCAGCUCCAGCUCCAGCUCCAGCUCGGAGGACUCAGACACUGAGUCGGUGUGGAGGCGGCAGGAUGACGUUCAGGCCGACCCCGAGGGCCUGCUGUCCUCCAGUGACGAGGAUGGGGACUACACGUGGACCCCCACCCGGCAGGCCGCCACCCUGCCCGUGGCCGGGAGGAAGGCCAGGAAGGGCCAGGCGGGCUGGGGCCCGGCGAAGCCCAGGGAAAACAAGAAAGCCCCCUGCCCGACCCAGAUGAAGAAAAAGUGUGUCAAUGGCUUCAUCAUGUUCUGCAGGAUGAACCGGAAGCAGUACAUCCGAGCCUGUCCUGGGACCGCAUCCACGGCUGCCACCAAGGAGCUGGCCCAACUCUGGCGGGUGAUGACCCAGGAGGAGCGAAGACCGUACUGCAUCAAAGCUCGCAGGUUCAGCCUCCAGCACAACCGGAUCGUGAAGCAGGACAGCUCGAGCAGCGAGGACGAGCACUGGGGGACCCCCAAGCCCUUCUACCAGCUGCUGGCCGAGAAGGCCCGCCGUUCCUCAGACCUGGGCCCUCUGCUGCCCCCUCAACACAACUGA